GUCAUCGUAAACGAUUCAUCAAGAAUCAUUAACUUAUUUUUUAUUGAUCAAUUAAUAAAUUUACUUUCUUUUCUGUCAUUAUAAGUGAAUUGUAAAUUUAAAUCAAUAAAUAUAUAUGCUCCAUUCAUAAAAAACGAAGGUUAUUAUUUAUUUUGGAAUUUAUAACCUAUAAAUACUUUUGUUAAGUGAUUUUCAUAUUUAAGUACAAAAUGAUGAAUUCAUCAGAUCCACGUCGCCCUGAGAAAGAAAUUAGAUACAAACCUGCAAAUAGUCAAGCCCAGACUGCUGAUGACUUACCUCCAGACUACAUGAACAUUUUAGGAAUGAUUUUUAGUAUGUGUGGGCUAAUGAUGAGAUUAAAAUGGUGUGCAUGGGUUGCUUUAUAUUGUUCGUGUAUUAGUUUUGCUAAUUCUAGAGUCAGUGAUGAUACUAAACAAAUUUUAAGCAGUUUUAUGUUAUCUAUAUCAGCAUUAGUAAUGUCUUAUCUGCAAAAUCCACAACCGAUGACACCUCCAUGGGCUUCGGCAAUGCAGUAAUUUUAAUUGUGUUCAUUAUCUCUAAUUUUGUAAUUCGUUGAUCAAGUAAAAUUGAGAAUGAUUGAAAAGCAAUAAUUUUAAACAUUGAAUAGAGGCAGAAUAAAUUAUUUUAACGCUAACGAGUAUGAAACAUUUUUUAAU